AGAGCUUUGUUUUGGGGUUGACAACACCGCUUGCGCGCAACGGAGAGUCGGCGCAAAGUUUCCUCGAUGGCGCUGGUGAUGGAGCCGGUCAGCAAAUGGAGCACGAGCCAGGUGGUGGAGUGGAUGAAAGGUCUGGACGACUGCUUGCAGCAAUAUGUGUGUGUGUUUGAGCGCGGAGGUGUGUGCGGGGAGAGGCUGCUGAGGAUUAGCCACGCCGAGCUGGAGGAGCUGGGAGUUUCUCGCAUCGGACACCAGGAGCUCAUUCUGGAGGCGGUAGACUUGCUCUGCGCUCUGAACUCAGGUCUGGAGACGGAGAGCGUCAGGACUCUGGCUCAUAAACUCGGCGCCUCGGCCAAAAACCUGCAGAACUUCAUUUCUGGCCGCCGCCGCAGCAGCCAAUCAGAGAGCAGGAGUUCGCGGCGGCUGCCCAACGAUCUGCUGACCUCUGUGGUCGACCUCAUCACCGCCGCCAAGAGCCUGCUAGCCUGGCUGGACAGGUCUCCCUUUGCUGCAGUGGCAGACUACUCAGUAACCCGAAAUAAUGUCAUUCAGCUCUGCCUGGAGCUCACCACCAUUGUACAGCAGGACUGUACGGUGUUUGAGACGGAGAACAAAAUCCUUCAUGUGUGCAAGACGCUGUCGGAGGUGUGUGAGCACAUUGUGUGUGUGUCAUCGGAUCCACUGGUCUCUCAGUCAGCCCACCUCGAGCUGGUUCACCUCACCAACAUUAAACCCUCUGAAGGCCUGGGAAUGUACAUUAAGUCCACCUACGACGGCCUCCACGUGAUCACAGGAACUACUGAAGGGUCUCCAGCUGACCGCUGUAAGAAGAUCCAUGCGGGAGAUGAAGUCAUACAAGUUAAUCACCAGACUGUGGUGGGCUGGCAGUUACGCAACCUGGUCGGCUCGCUGAGGGCCGAUAAAGGCGUCGUGUCCCUGACCCUGAAGAAGCGUCCGCAGAGCACGCUCAGCUCCGCCCCUGCUCUGCUGAAGAACAUGCGCUGGAAACCCCUCGCUCUGCAGCCGACCAGAAGCCCAGGCAGUGGUUCGGGCACACCCUCAGGCACACCCACCAAGAGCUCCGCCCUGCAGGACCUUUACAUCCCACCUCCACCUUCUGAGCCAUACACACCCAGAGAUGAGACAGGAGCCUUGUCUGGGGAUGAGGCAUCGCGUAACCACGGUGGCGUCAGCGUUGCUAAGCGCUCUGAGUCACCAAACUCCUUCCUGGAUCAAGAGUCUCACCGGCGAGAAGAGGAGGAGUCCGUGUACUGCACCACACCUACAUAUGGCAGGCUGAGGCCCAUCUCCAUGCCUGUGGAGUGUAACUGGGUGGGCGACUAUGAAGAUCCAGCCAAGCUUAACAGAGAAAGCCGCCGAGAAGCGUCACUGAUGCGUUACGUGGGACUGUCCGGGGUGGACGAGAGGACCGGCUCUGACGACUACUCCUGCCACACGGCUCGUCCGGGCAAACGGAGCAAUGACACGACCAAACGGGCCAAGAGGCGGAGCCACCACAGUCAAAGCCCCUCCCACUACGUCCUCCAGACAAAUCAGAGAGAUUCGCCGCCGAGAGACCCGCCCUCCAUUUAUCAUACAUACCAACAGUCCUCCUCUCUGCAGUCAAAGAACCGGAAGAAAAAUAAAGGACGAAGUUUGGCCUCGCUGAGUCGGAGGCGUGUUUCCUGCAAGGCGCUGGGCAGAGGAGACUGCGAGGGCUGGCUGUGGAGAAAGAGAGAUGCAAAGGGUUACUUUUCUCAGAAAUGGAAGAAGUACUGGUUUGUUCUGAAGGACAACUGCCUGUACUGGUACAUCAAUGAGGAGGACGAGAAGGCCGAGGGUUUCGUCAGUCUUCCAGAGUUUAAGAUCGACCGGGCCAGUGAAUGUCGCAAGAAGUAUGCUUUCAAAGCGUGUCACCCCAAGGUCAAGAGUUUCUACUUCGCAGCAGAUGGAGUGGAUGACAUGAACAGAUGGCUGAGUCGUCUCAACAUGGCUGCUGUGGGUUACGCCGAGCGAGAGAGGAUACGCCAGGAGCAGGAUUACUGGAGUGAGAGUGAACAUGAGGACGACACCACCUCCAGCCCCAAACAGGACAGUCCCCCACCUCCAUAUGAUACCUACCCACGGCCUCCAUCAAUGAGUGCCUACUUGGAAGGCCGGACCACUCGACUGUCUUCCACAGAGACGUCUCGAUCACGCUCCUCCCAGGAGGACUUCCUCUGUGGCGAGCCCCCCGCGGUGGCUGCAGAGCCGCAGUACCAUCCCGGUCCUCUAGGGGGAAGCAGCACUCACAGUGGGAGGAAACCAGGAGGCAGCAGCAGCAGCGAUGUGCAGUACAGAUGUGAUCCUGUAGAGUAUCGAUCCAGUCCCGCAGGAGGCAGCAGUGAGACGGGGUCUCCAGGCCGCUCAUCGUCUUCGCAGAGACGUUCGUGGCAAGACCUUAUUGAGACACCGUUAACUGAAGCUGGACUGCACUACCUACAAACUGGACCACUAGAAGACGCCGUCUUUGCAGAGCCCGGUCCAGGCGGCGGGACCAUGAUGGCCGGAGCAGUUUACACUCUCCCCGCACAGAGGAAUGUCCCGUUGCCCAUGGCGAUGCAGAGGCUGAUUCCUAUGGCAACCCAGGGAGGGAAACCCCGCAGCUUCACACUGCCACGAGACAGCAACCUACACACACUCCUCGCGGCCCCUGCGAAAGAAGAACAGCAAACACACAACGGCGGCAGCGAGGGCGCAUCCCUGGGCGAUCUGUUUCGUGCGUGCGAGCAGGGCGGGGUGUGUCCACUGGGUCGCGGGUCAGACGUCAAAGGUCAAUCAGAGUGCAGGCAGUCCUUCCUCCGACGGGCCGCCGACCCUCAGCUUAACGAGCGGCUGCACCGCCUCCGCAUACUGACCUCCACGCUGAAGGACAGGGAGGGGGAGCUAGCGCUGAUUGACAGGCUGUUGGCCAAUCCCCAGCUGUCGUCGGCAGAGUUCCAGGAGUGGAAAAGAGCCUAUCAGGACCUGUUCUCUCAGGAGCCCGACCCGACCGCUGAAUCAGACCCCGGCCCGCCCCUCACCCCCUCGCUCUCUCACACACACUCCUACAUUGAGACCCACGUCUGACGAGUAAAACACGCUCACACACAUGUUUCUGAUUCUGGGGAGAGUCAAACAGAUGUUUUGACGCAUCAGGGUCGCGAUCAGUGACGUAGGGACAGCUCCACAUCCCGACACGCUUUCAGCAGCCGCGGUGUACAAGUGCAACAUGACAGCUUUCUGAGGAGACGCCUGAGUGGCCCUCAUGUCACAUCAGUCUACGAGCUGAUUGGUUAUGCCACUCCAGCUGGCUCGGGGGCGGGCGAUAAACGGAUUCUUAAGUAUUACAUGUUAGCUUCUGUGCUCUAUAAAUACUUUGGACCACUCUCAUCAGUUUUUUUUCCUGCUGACAUGGACCUCAGAGUAGUUCCUUCAGUACUUCAUCCAGCUUGUUGUGCCAUGUUUAUACCGACCGCACAGUGUCUCAUAGCCACAGAGUGACAAACGUUGUAUUCUGUCAAGCCUUAUACUUGAUAUCUACGAUGAUAUUUUCUGUACAGUGAGUGUUACAGCAGAGAUCAAUCAGCACAAGUCUUUUUGAAACCAGUUUCUAGUUUUAGAGACUUUUGUUUGUGCUGGUUUGGUAGAAUCACGUACUGUGCUGGGCUGGACCUGGAGCAUGCACAACUGGGAUAGGAACCAUUAAAGGAAAAAUCCACCCUGAAAACACUUUUAACACCGUUUUUUAACACUGCUAGUGACAGUGUUUUUACAAUGAGGAGCCUAUUUUUUUUUGUUUUCUUGCACCAAAUCUGAUGUGAUGCCAGUUCUCUUGUCAUGCUGUCACUUCAUUUUCACUGUCAGUGUCGUUUUACCUCCAGCGAGUCUUGUCUUACAAUAUUAUCGUUUGAUACAGUUAAUUCAGUGUGACAUUUGACAUCAGCUACCUCUCAUUAAUUCAUUUCUAGGACAGAAUAUUUCCUUUGAAGCACAUCUUAUGUUAGAUAUAAUGCAUGCCACUUCAUUAGUAUUAUUUUUUUUAUUCACAUCCAUAAAACAGGUCAAUUUUAAACAAGACCUCUUAAUACCUGCCUAAAUAUACUGUUAUAUCUUUGACAUACUUUAACCAUU